AUGGAGGUAGCGCAGCCCAAGGACCUGGAGGAGGACUUAGGCCUGGCCAAAAGGAGAUAUGCGGAGCUGCGCAGGCAGAAACGGAUCUUCAAUGCCAGGAACAGGAUCAUCGGGGGAGACACAGAAGCCUGGGAUGUUCAGGUUUGUGACCAGAAGAUAAAAGAAGCAACUGAAAAAGCUAGACAGGAAACCUUUGCUGCUGAAAUGAGGCAAAAUGACAAGAUCACAUGCAUAUCAGAAAACCGGGAAAGGAGAGAUAGGAAAAAUCUCUGUAAAGCUAUCAAUGAUUUCCAACAGAGCUUUCAGAAGCCAGAAACUCGCCGUGAAUUUGACCUCUCCGACCCCCUAGCCCUUAAGAAAGAUCUUCCAGCCCGGCAGUCAGAUAAUGAUGCUCGGAAUACAAUAUCAGGAAUGCAGAAAUUCAUGGGAGAGGAUUUAAACUUCUAUCAGAGGAAGAAAUUCCAAGAGGAACAAAACAGGGAAUGGUCCUUGCAACAGCAAAGGGAAUGGAAGAUCGCCCGUGCCAACCAAAAAUGUGCAGAGGAUCUCUACCUGAAGACAAGGCUGCAGUUUGACGAAACAGCCAAGCAUUUACAGAAUCUGGAAAGCACCACCAGAAAGGCGGUUUGUGCAGCUGUGAAAGAAUUCAACAGGAAGCAGGCCUUGGAGUCAGCGGAAAAGAAAAUUCAAGAGAAAAAACAAGACCAAGAGGACAACCUGGCCGAGAUCUCCCACCUGCUGCGUGGGGACCUGCUCUCGGAGAACCCCCAGCAGGCAGCCAGCUCCUUCGGGCCCCAUCGCGUGGUCCCCGACCGCUGGAAGGGCAUGAGCCGGGAGCAGCUGGAGCUCAUCCGCCUGGUUCAGAAACAGCAAGUCCAGGAGAAGCUGAGGCUCCAGGAGGAAGAGCGCCAGCGAGACAUGCACUGGGACCGGCAGAGGGUCCAGUGGGCUCGUGCCGCCUUGCUGUGUGAUCGACAGCAGCAGUGCCAACGGCAUGACCUGCGCAGGGCCCUGGACUGCAGCAACUUCAGCCUGGCCAAGGAGCAGCUUUCACAGAAAAAAUAUAUGAAGGAAAUCUGUACAAAUCAUCCCACAGAAGAUUAUUUCGCACAAUUUAAUACAAGAAGUCGAUAA